AUGCGCGAAGGGGACCGAUGGGUAGCUAGUGGUCGACCACGUCGACCGGUGGUCGCGGGGCGGCCGGACUUGGCCGGCGUCGACGGCGGAGUCGACAUCCGCGGCGGCACGGGCGGCUACCGGAACAGGCACGGUGGGGCGAUGCGAGGCGGGCAGCGGGCGGGUACGGCGCGGGGAAGGGAGAAGGGACUGGAGGCCGGAGGUGGCCUCACCGGCGUUGGAGAGAAGCGGGGCGGCGAGGCUCGGGGGCGACCGUUGUGGAGGGGGAUGGGGACGGGCGUCGUCGCCGUGUCGGGGAGGCGGACGCAGUCCGGAAGGGAGGAGGACGGGGACGCGGCGAUGGCGGGGCAGCGUCAGGCGGCUUCGGGUCCUCGUGCGGCGGCGAUGUCGGGUCGCGCGGUGGUCGAGGCGGCGAAGAACCUGCGGGGCGGAGGCGGCAGCCCUCGGGCGCGGGCGUGCUCGCCGGGGCCGCGGGGAGCAGCGGGGAGGAGGCCGUGGCGUGGGGUGGCCUUCUGCGCCGGCGAGGUGGGGCGACGGGAUCGGGGUCCGCGGCGACGAUGUAUGGAGCCAGAUGCGGGGCGGCGAUGGGGCGGUCCGGCGGAGGAGCUUCAGCCGACCUGCGGUGGGUGGCGAUGGUCGUCGAUGGCGGCAGGGGCUAGCGGCGGGCGUCGGUGGUUCGUCCCCAUCCCGAUCCAGAUCGGGAUCGAGAGGGGGAGACGAGGGAGUGAGAGGGGAGGCGAGUGGGGGGAAGUGGGGGGUUACGGCUAG